AUGCCUGGACGCGCUUCUCACGGUACGUACGAAGAGGAGCGUCGCUACUUCAUGACCACAUUGCACGCUCAGAUUGACAUUCUCAAGGACAACUACAAGGGGAGCCGAAAGAUGGUUAUCAAUUCUCUAAGUCUCCUUGUUCUGCGAGUUGAGGGCCUAAGAAUGUCCGGACAGGCUCGCUCUAGCUACGACAACCCUAGCUGGACAGCCAAGUGCAACAAGGUCUAUGAGCGGAUCCAAUACUUCAGAGAUACUCUCGCCAAGGACCGUAACAGCACCUACAGAGUUGCCAAUGAUAUCGAGAGUAUGAUGAUCUUUUUGGACUUUUGUGUCCCUGCCGAUAUUCAGUAUAGGAUUUCGCCAGAUCGAGGCGACCGAAGUGGUGCCCCAUCUCCUGAGCCUAGGCGUUGA